ACCCAGUCCACAUCAAUCAGCGCUUUCAUCCCAUUUCACACAGGAGUCACAGGACAUGACUGCUCCAUGCCGGCCACAGGUUGCACUUCCAACCCAUGUGAUCCGAAGGGCACUUCCAUGUGCGAAGAGCAGCAGGGCAGUUUCAAGUGCAUGUGUCACCAUGGCUAUACGGGCCUGUUUUGUGAAACUUCCAUUCGUCACUGUGUUGAGGGAUUGUGUCAUCACGGAUCAAAGUGUGUGGAUCUCCCUCUAGGCUUCGUGUGUGAAUGUUUGCCUGGGUUACAAGGACGAUUCUGUGAGGUAAACAUUGAUGACUGUCUGGAUAAGCCCUGUGGUGCACUCAGUAUCUGUAAAGAUGGUAUCGGUGCCUAUGACUGUUUCUGUGCACCUGGGUUCGUUGGUAAUAACUGUGAGAUUGAAGUAAAUGAGUGUCUUAGUCAACCCUGUCAGAAUGGAGCUUCCUGCUCAGACGAGCUUAACUCCUUCAGCUGUCUCUGCCCUGCCGGGACCACAGGCAGUUUAUGUGAAAUAAACAUAGAUGAAUGCCAGUCAUCACCAUGCAUGAACAAUGGCACGUGUUUGGACCUCUCAGAUGGCUUUAAAUGCAUUUGCCCUUCAGGUUUCUCUGGUCCUGAGUGCUCAGUGGACAUCAAUGAGUGUGUCUCAUAUCCCUGUAAGAAUGGAGGCACCUGCAUUGACCAACUGGGUAAUUACUACUGCCGAUGUGCUGCUCCAUUCAAAGGGAUUAACUGUGAGUUGCUGCCCUGUGAGGCCGUUAAUCCGUGUGAUAAUGGGGCAGAGUGCGUGGAGGAGGCUGAUCCCGUCCUCUUCCCUCUGGGCUUCCGCUGCCGAUGUCGCCAGGGUUUCACGGGGGCCCGCUGUGAGAUCAACAUAGACGAGUGCAGCUCCAACCCCUGUCUGCACGGCUUCUGUUACGACGCUGUGGAUGGUUUUUACUGCUUGUGUAACCCUGGUUACGCUGGAAUGAGAUGUGAGCAGGACAUCAAUGACUGUGUUAGCAACAUGUGUGAAAACAACUCGACUUGUGUGGACCUCCAUCUGAGUUACAACUGCCUCUGUCUACCCGGCUGGGAGGGGGAGUUCUGUCAGUGGGAGACAGAUGAAUGUUCUUCAAACCCCUGUAAAAACAACGGCACCUGUACAGACCUCCUCAACGCUUACAGGUGUACAUGUCCUCAUGGCUGGACAGGCAUUGACUGUGGAGAGGAUGUGAAGGAAUGUUCUUCUUCUCCCUGCCUGAACGGGGCACAUUGCAUGGAGUCUGACAUCCCAGGGGAGUUUUCCUGCACCUGCCCACCCUUCUUCACCGGCCCCCUCUGUGAACAGCACUAUGACCCCUGCGACCUGCGGCAUAACCCCUGCCUGCACAAUUCUGCCUGCCGUGCCCAAUCAGAUGGAACCGCCCUCUGUGUUUGCUCAGUCGGGUUUGAGGGAACUCGCUGUGAAAUUGAUAGCGAUGACUGUGUCUCAAGACCUUGCCAGAACCAAGGCCGUUGUGUGGAUGGGGUCAACAGUUACAGCUGUUUCUGUAAACCAGGUUUCUCGGGCCAACACUGUGAGGAAGACAUCAAUGAGUGCGCAUCCAACCCCUGCCAGAACAGAGGCGUCUGCCAGGACCUUGUGAACGGUUUCCAGUGCAAUUGUGUCCCCGGAUAUUUCGGAAUGCUUUGCAACCUGGACAUAAACGAAUGUGAUGCUUCCCCCUGCCUCCAUGACUCCGUGUGCAUCAACAAACCUGGGGGAUUCAUAUGUGUCUGCCGUGCUGGCUUCUCAGGUAAAUGGUGCGAGAUGAACGUUGAUGAGUGCAAAUCCAAUCCAUGCCGAAACAACGGGAGGUGCAUCGACGGUCUUAAUGGUUACCAGUGUGUGUGCUCCAGAGGUUUCAUGGGCUAUCACUGUGAGGGAAACAUUGAUGAGUGCUCAUCCAACCCCUGUGUUCAUGGGAGUUGCCAGGAUGAAAUAGAUGCAUACAACUGUCAAUGUGAGGUCGGAUGGACCGGUCACAGAUGCGAGAUCAACAUUAAUGAGUGUGAGGAUCAUCCAUGUCUUAAUGGAGGCUCCUGUGUGGAUCUUCUGGACAAAUAUGCCUGCAUAUGUGCAGAUGGUUUCACUGGGAAGAACUGUGAAGUUGACCAGAAUGUAUGUCUGCAGACGUCUCUUAAUUUCUCCCUGUGUUUCAAUGGAGGGACAUGUGUGGAUGGACCAGGGGCCAACUUCACGUGCAGCUGCCUGCCAGGUUUUGCGGGAGAUUUCUGUGAGGUAGAGAUGAAUGAAUGCUGUUCUGAGCCGUGCUUUAAUGGGGCCAUCUGCCAAGACCUCAUCAAUGGCUACCAAUGUCACUGUCGACCAGGUUGGACAGGCCUUCACUGUGAAGAUGACAUUAAUGAGUGCUUGCUGCAACCAUGCAACCAGGGAAUGUGCAUCCAGAAUGAGCCUGGCCAUGGCUACACCUGCUUCUGUCGGCCCGGAUUUGUGGGGGAAAACUGUGAAUAUAAUUAUGAUGACUGCUUGAUCCAAUCAUGCCCUGAUGGAUUUUCAUGUAAGGAUGGCAUCAACAAUGUCAGCUGCGUCCCUGUGAAGACAGACACGUCUUUUGUUCCUCCCAUCUUGGUCAUCUCGUGGAGUACCAUCAACCCCAGCUUAGAGAUGCAACCCACUAUAGCACCUGUGGAGAACUUGCAAAGCACUGAGCAGCCGACAGAUAUUAGUUUUGGGAGAUAUUCUGGGAAAUCCUUUUUGGAGUUUGAGGGCAUUGAAGUUGGAGCUACGCUCAGUGUCACAGUGAGAUUCCAGACUGAUUGCCGAUACGGAACGCUGCUGUAUUCGACCAGUGCCAAAAAAGGUGUCUUCUUCUUCAAACUCUACAUUUCCAAUGGAACGCUUCAGUAUGACUUUUCUUGCAACCAAAAUGAGGGAGUUCAGCGGCUCAAUACAGCACAGCAGGUUGCUGAUGGAGAUGAGCAUGUGGUGCUUUUGAGACAAUAUUUUCCUCAGUGUGCAGCUGAAGUCACUAUUUCUGGCUUUAAGACUGUCAGAAGUAUUCCAAGAAAUGACACAUCAGCCGUGAGUUUGCAGAGAACUGACCAUCUCUUCGUAGGAGGUCUUCCUCUCCGGCAUUCACCCUAUAAAGAAGCUGAGCCUUUCCACAACUACACCGGCUGCAUUGAAAUAAUCGAAAUUAAUAAGCUCAGAAGAUUCCGUGUGGACCAUUCCAUUGCCAGGAACAAUGUUGACAACUGCAGGUCUCAAUGGCAUCAUGACCCACCAGCAAACUCCACAGAGUCCCCUCCUCAGCUCAUCACAUUGGAAACCCCUCCUGGCAGCCGAAUCAGAAUAUUCCCACCCACCCAGCCUUCACCUGUCUGCCCGCAGGGGCUCUGUCUCAACGGUGGAGUGUGUCGGCCCAUCUCGCUACCCAGCGGAGCCUCGUCUUUUUUCUGUGAUUGUCCUCUGCACUUCAAGGGACGCCUGUGUGAACAAGAUACGACAGUCUUUUUCCCUCGAUUUGAUGGUACCUCUUUCUUGGAGUUGCCGUCUCUGACGUCCCUGUUUCAGUCAGACACUCACUUUUCGAGUCAUUCCUCUGAGGACACCGUGUAUUUGACAAUGAAGAGCAAGACACCUCAUGGUACUAUUCUCUACACCCGGGAGCGAAAUUUCGGACACCGUUUCCUCCAUGUGUUUCUCCAGAAUGAAAGACCAGUGGCCAGGUUGGGCUGCAGUGAAACUCAUGUUUUGACCGCAGCUACUCAUCAAAACAUCAGGAACGAUAGCUUGGUGCCAAUUACAGUGAGAUAUGCAUUGCCAUCUCUUGACAAUGGCUGGCUCUGUAUCAUUGAAAUAGCUGUCGCUAAUGGAACUGCUAAUCGGCAGCAGAAAUACAUGGAUGAGCCUUUGUCAGAGGUGGUUUUCGGCCCCACGUUUCUCGGUGGCGUUCCAUCCGUUUCAGAGCUGCACCACAACAGUGGGAAUGUCUCUGGAUUCAUCGGCUGCAUACGUGAAUUGCAGAUGGGCUCCAAAGAGCUGCAUGUGGUGGGGGAAGCAAUCAGAGGCCAAAAUAUUCAGAACUGUGACACCACAGUCUGCCAGCAUCAACCCUGCCGCAAUGGAGGAACCUGUAUCAGCGAUGCGGAGAACUGGUUCUGUGCGUGUCCUUCGCUCUACUCCGGUAAGCUGUGCCAGUUCAUCGCCUGCGAGCGAAACCCGUGUGCGCGCGGUGCCACCUGCGUUCCCCAGACACAGCUCGAAGCGGCGUGUCUUUGCCCCUACGGAAGGCAGGGUCUUCUCUGCGACGAGGCUGUCAACAUCACUCGGCCCAGGUUUAGUGGACUUGAUGAAUUUGGAUACUCAUCCUAUGUGGCUUAUCCCUCUAUUCCCAGUAUGGGUCAUUUUUAUGAAUUUCACCUGAAGCUCACCUUUGCCAAUAAUGUAUCUGCUUUGAGAAACAGCCUCAUUCUCUUUUCUGGGCAAAAGGGACAAGGCAUCAGUGGAGACGACUUCUUCGCAUUGGGGGUGCGGAACGGCAGGAUUGUUCAUAAGUAUAAUCUUGGCUCGGGUUUGGCAACAAUUAUCAGCGAGCGCCUGAAUCCCAGGAUCAACAUUCACACAGUGCACUUUGGAAGAUAUCUGAAAAAUGGAUGGCUGAAGGUUGAUGGGCAGAAGAGGAGAACGGGUACAUCCACUGGACCGCUGGUGGGCCUGAACACCUUCAAUCAACUUUAUGUGGGUGGAUAUGAAGAAUACACACCUGAGCUAUUGCCUGCGGGCUCACGUUUCCAGAAAAGCUUUCAAGGCUGCAUUUUCGAUUUGCUGUUUCGGACGAGACGAGAUGGGAAGUUUCAACCUCCAGGAGGGCCUGAGGGCAAGCCAGAGUCAGGACGUAAUGUGGGGCAGUGUGGUGUUGAUCCUUGCAACCUGGUCAUCUGCCAGAACGGAGGCACCUGUGUGGACUCUGGAUCCUCUGUGUACUGUCAGUGUGUGUUUGGAUGGAAAGGUGCUCUUUGCUCUGAGAAAGUGUCGUUCUGUGAUGCCGAACACAUCCCACCGCCCUCCUGCGCUCGCGGCUCCACCUGUGUGCCCCUUCCUGAUGGAUACACAUGCCAGUGCCCCCUAGGCUCUGCUGGACUCUUCUGCCAGCAAGCUGUAUCUAUCAGUGAUCCUUUCUUCAGUGGCAAUCAGUCAUCUUGGAUGUCAUUUCCUCCCAUCAAUAUAAGGCACAGAACCCAUCUUCAACUGCAGUUUCAAACACUUUCACCAGAGGGCAUCCUGUUCUACACUGCACGAUACUUGAGCAGUCGGUCUGGUGAUUUCCUCAGCAUAUCCCUGUCAGCUGGAUUUGUGCAGCUCCGAUAUAAUCUGGGAAACGAAACUAUUGUAUUACAGUCUCCAAAAGAGGUCGAUGUGACUGGCAUGAAGUGGCACACAGUGAAGGCUGGGAGAGAAGGCAACCGUGGCUUCCUCAUUCUAGACGAUGAAGCCGUGACCAGGAACUCUUCAGAGGGCACGAGCACUCUGGAUGUUGGCACAAAUAUUUUCAUUGGGGGCGUGUCUUUCCUGAACACAGUGUCCCCGGAUGCGACGGAGAAAGACCCGGUGGGAUUCACGGGCGGCAUGCGAGAGGUCAUAGUUAACGGGCAUGACCUUGAGCUUACAGAGACGGGUGCGCUCAACGGAGUCAAUGUUGGCGACUGGGACGGGACAGCGUGUGGGUAUAAGGUUUGCAUGAACGGUGGCUACUGCCAUCCAGCGGGUCUUUCUUCAUUCAGGUGUAUUUGCCCCUCAAUGUGGACCGGUUUACGGUGCCAACAGUCCGUUCACUGUGUCAACAAUCUUUGUCAACACGGUUCUCUCUGUGUCCAUAUGUCUGCUUCGUAUUCAUGUAUGUGUUCUUUGGGAUGGAUUGGGACUUAUUGUGACCAAAAAGUUACAUUGAGGACUAUAAGGUUUAUUGGAAACUCGUAUUUGAAAUACAAGGAUCCAAAGUACAACUCUAGGAAUCUGAUGUAUACUGAAGUUUCACUGAAUUUUUCCACUUCAGCAGGGGAUGGUUUGAUUCUUUGGAUGGGGAAAGCAGAAAGUGAAGACAAUGACCAUCUAGCGGUUGGACUGCAGGACGGUUAUCUGAAGGUUUCAGUCAAUCUUGGUGAGAGAAAUGCUGUUCCUCUUGUGUACCAAAGCACUUUCUGCUGUAAUCACUGGAAUUACCUGUCUAUUACUCACAACCGAACUCUCAUCCAGGUCUAUGUGAAUGAGGAAAGAGUCAUUUUUGAAGACAUUGACCCCUUUGAACAGUAUGUAGCGGUAAAUUAUGGAGGGGUGAUUUAUUUGGGGGGUUUUGAAUUAAAUAGAGAUGUGGCGUAUGUUACAUCUGGUGUAUUUACUAAAGGGUUUGAUGGGAGUAUUAAAGAUGUUUUCUUGUAUCAGGACACCAGAGAGCUGCAGUUUCAUCAAAACAGUGAAGGUAUCAAUGUCUAUCAAGGUGAUGAGUAGGAAUAAUUAUUGUGAUUAUUGUUUCUGUUUUGAUAUUUGAUUUUAGGUAUUACAUCUAGAAUAGAAUAUGCAAUGAGUCUUAUCAAAUACACUAAAUGACACAGUGCCAGUUUUCAAGAGGUGAAAUCUGUUGUUUAUCAUUGGCGUGAUAAAAUGAUGCUGUCACAGAGAUGUCAGGUUGUAGAAGUGAACCUUUAUAUAAUCAAAAAUACUUCAAAACACCCUCCAUCUCAAAAUCACCAUGCAUUUGUUGUUUGAAUGAACAAAAUGAAGAGAUGAACACAUGAUAGCAGGACUGUUACAUAUUUGUGCCUCUUAUUGAAGGUCAGGUUGUUGAAUUUUUUGUGGUACGUGUCCAGCUUUGUUGUUUAUGCAACAAAAGCCUGUUCACUUUGACUUGAUCUACUUUGAAUUUAAACAACAUGAGUUUUUAAAGGAGGUAUUUCUUUUAAAUAAAUAAUGUGGUAUACUUUCCAAGGUCUUUUUUUCCUUGCACGUUAGUAUUAAGUACUUGUAAAACAUUUUACUGUCAAUGUCAAAACAUGUAACACUUAAAACCACAAUAAAGGUACAAAAUAGGACUUUAAAAUUUCAUUUUAUUUCAGCAAAGAGCCUGAAGGUCAAACUAAAAGUUUUCGGGCCAGAUUUACUAACAGCUCGCACCAGCGCAAACCCUCUUUUGGUGUUAAAAAAACUACUGUCAGGAUUUACUAAAAACAUGCAGUGAAAAAUUAACGCUGAACAGGCGUGGACAGGGUUAUCUUUACGGCUGAUCUUAUUGCAUAUGCAUUUGUAGGAGUUUCCAUUUCAGAUGCAAAAUUUAUGGAAGGAGUAUUUAAAUGAAUCACGCAACACAAUUUACUAAGGUUUGUGCUAGUCAGUUUACUGGUAUUUGUGCCAUUAUUAAAUACCCAAAAAAUUCAUAUCUAGAUGCUAAUUUGCACUGCUCUUGGUAGAUCACGUUGGUCAUUAUGGAAAUGAUCUGCUGCAUCUGUGUUCUUUAAUUUGCGUGUCGUCAGUAGAUUACGCACAGAACUUUCCACUACCAUCGCCUCUGGAAUUGCGCUCACGCUAAUUCGCCGUUUAGUAAAUCUGGCCCUUAUUUUCUAAAAAAAAAAAAAAAAUUUUGGUUAGCCUUUCUUUUGUUACCCUGGUGUUAAUCUGUUGUCUAUAACAAAUAAAGUAAAUUGAAUGAAUUGUAUUGUGGUUUAUGGUGGAUACACUUCUGUUUCCCAUAAUAAUCAAAUAUAUAGUAUUAAUACACUACUGUUCAAAGGUUUGGGGUCAGUAAGAAGUUUUUUUUUAGAAAUUAAAGCUUGUAAUCAUCACAGAUUCAUUAGAAUUAUCAAAAGUGACACUAAAUACAAUGUAUUGUUUUAAAUAAAUGCUGUUCUCAAUAAUUAGAAAUGUUUCUUGAGCAGCAAAUCAGCAUUAGAAUGAUUUCUGAAGGAUCAUGUGACACUGAAGCAGGGACGUGCACAGGAAUUUUGAGGGGCAGUUGCUCUGACCUAAAAAAAGGGCACUCCCCUACCAACACCCCCCCUCACGGGCUAUAUGAAGGACUGAGAAUAACCGUGGUAUAAGCGGAAUAAUUGACUCCGCUUCGAGUCGUGACCGAAUCACCACCUCAGGUGUGCAUUAUUUUUCUAAUAAUUCAACGGCCCGUCGUCAAUUAUUCCUUACUUGAAUCACAGCUUAAAUAG